CGGGCCCGGACGCGUCGCGCACAAUUUACGCGCGAAACAAUUCAAAUAUCGAACGCUCUAUCUUUUUUUUAGUGAAUGAGUGAAUGGUUUUCAGUGGUCAGUAAAUUUAAGAUCCCCUGAAAUGAGCUGAGUGACAAGAUGACAAACGUGGGUGUGACAUGAGAGGCGGAAAGUGAUGUUACUGUGUUAAUCUGUAGUGUAUUUAUUGGAACUAUGGAGUUACGAACACAUCUACUGGUCUGCAUGUUCAUAUAUAUCGCGAGCACUCGUGCGGACGCACAAACCACAGAGGUAGAUCUACGGCGCACCACGACUCCAGCGCCGACCAACAGCACCGCGUACGCCUGGAGCAGCUGGGGCGCUUGGAGCAGCUGUUCCAGGAGCUGCGGCGGCGGCGUCUCCGUGCAGGAGCGACAGUGCCUCCCGAGGGAUCCCACCAGAUGGCGGGGAAGUAGGAAGAGAAGGAAACUUGUGCGGCGGGCGAACGCGCGGAAACCCCGGGAUGUGACCAACCCGGAGUGUCCCGGGCUCUCGCGACGAUACCACGAGUGUAACACUGAGCCGUGCCCGGGUCCGGUGCGUGAUCCCCGGGCGGAGCAGUGCUCGGCGUACGACCGGCGACCGUUCCGAGGGCGCUUCUACACCUGGGCCCCCUAUGUUGAUGGCAACGCUCCCUGCAUCCUCAACUGCCGUCCCCGCGGGCAGCAGUUCUACGCGUCGCUGGCGCUGGUGGCUGACGGGACUCCGUGCACCAGGCCAGGGUAUAGGGCGAUCUGCGUCCAGGGAUCCUGCAAGGCGGUCGGUCGGGAGGGUGUGCUGGCAUCGUCGGCGCUUCGCGACGUCCGCUGCGGCCAACGCCUGGUGUCCGGUCUGUUCUCCAGGCCAAGACUGCCGCUGGGCUACUCCUAUGUCACCACUGUGCCACAUGGAGCAUGCAGGCUGAAUGUAUCAGAAAUUGUUCCCAGUGAAAAUUAUAUUGCGUUACGAGUAUCGAACGGCUCGUACAUCGUGAACGGGGAAUUCGCCGUCAGCGCGCCCGGCACGUACGAAGCUGCCGGCGCCAGGUUCGUCUACACUCGCCAGGCAGGUCUCGACAACAUCUACGCGGUGGGACCGAUACACCAUCCCGUCGAUAUCAUGGUCCUGUACACGCAGCCAAAUCCGAAUAUAAAAUACGAGUACCUGACCGAUUCACUGAACGACGAAUCGAGUAACGACAUACCAACGAUAAACGCACCACCUCACCAAAGACACCACCGCCACCACAACGCUGAAUCUCAUCGGGCUCCCGAAAAGGAACCAUCGCUGUCCAACCAACCAGAGUUUAACUCGCUAGAAGCUCAGAACCAGGUGGACAGCAACGUGAUUGGAGACAGGAAGUUCGUUUGGAAGAUUCUAGCAUAUACGCAAUGCUCAAGGAGUUGUGGUGGAGGUCUUCAGAUUGGGAAAUUUAAAUGCGUGGAGCAGGGAGGGAAAGACCGGGAGGUUUCCCCCGCUCAUUGCUCCGGGUCUCCCCCUCCGUCUCGCAGAAGGAGGUGUGGAACUGGCCCCUGUCCCCCUCGAUGGAGAGCGGCUGCCUGGGGACCGUGUCCAGUUUGUGGACCCUCCCACAGAACCAGAAUUGUGGGAUGCGUUCAGGACCACGCUAGGGGAAUUACUAAGAUAAGUGACCAAAAGUGUCCUCUUCCAAUGCCGCCAAGUAGCGAGCCUUGCGACAUUCCCAACUGUGAUGGAACAGCCAAGGGCAGCUCUCCCAGACUUGACGCAAGACGACAAGUUCGACCAAUCGAUCGCACUGAUACCUUCAGAGAUGGACCAGUCAUCUCCGUACCAGCUAAUGUGUCCAGAGACGUAGGAUUCAAAGUUGGACCAGCUUACAGCCACACUGGUUUAGGAGGAUGGUUGUACACAGAAUGGUCCGAGUGCGUGGGAUCCUGCGUGGGAGGUGGGGUCCAGUCCCGAGGAGUGAGGUGCUCGGAGCCCACUGGAUGUAAGGCGAGCCAUGCACCCAGAGACCACCAGUCCUGCACGCCUAAGAGACGGCAGUGCGAUGCGGAGUGGUUCACUAGUGAAUGGUCCCCCUGCUCCGCGGCUUGCAGCGGCAGACAGAUCCGUGGUGUGAUCUGUAUCGGAGGCAACGGCCGGAGGUUACGGGAUGGCUCCUGCAAGGGCAUAAGACCUGAUGCUGAGAGGUCAUGUGGGGGUGAAUGCGCUGCGACCUGGUACACCAGCGAUUGGGGAGAGUGCUCCGGUCCCUGCGAAGCGGGCGUCCAGACGCGGACUGUGCGGUGCGGGACCGGGUCCAACACUGAGCAGUGCGGCGGAGCGCGGCCGGUCGCGCGGAGGCCUUGCGUCCCGGCGCGCUGCACCACGCGCCCGCCAGAGCGACCGGCCGUCAUUAACCCUGUGCCAGAUCCGCAGAGCCGGGUAAUACGGCAUCAGACGGCGAAUGUAAAGGAACAGACGUUUAUAAAAGGUGCUUGCACGGACCGGCUGAGCAACUGCGUCCUGGCAGUGCAGGCACGGCUCUGCCACUACCACUUCUAUGGCGACAACUGCUGCCACUCCUGUCGCGGACGAUAGACUAUUAAGAUAACGAUAAACAGUGAUAAUGACAGUAUUUGUGAUACUUUGGACUUGUAGUGAAAAGCCAGUGUAACGUUAGCGCCGAAAAUAUCUGAAAGCUGUCAAAAUAUUGACUCGUAUUAUUGUUAGAUCAGAUAUUUAUGCUGUCUGUAAGUUUUAGGAACAUUUAUGCAUUUAAUUAUCAAAGUAACGAUCCGCCAUUUUAGGUAGUAAUUAAUUAGAACUAAUAAAUUCAUUUCAUAAAAAAUGUGUCUUCAAUAUUUAAUUUCGAUUUUUAUGAACCUUAACUAUAGUGUUGUUUAAUUUAUAAAUUAUGAAAUGCUCUUAAAAUACAAAAAAAAGCUCUGCAUUUAAUUCCAAUUUUAUAGCAAAAAGAUUUUUUUAUUUUCUGCUUGAUAUAAAAUACAAAUUUAAAAACAUUUAUAUCGUCAUUUGGCUACUUGUAAAUGUGGGUAUUGGUUUUCAAAAAUAAUAAAAAAUGUUGAUGCUCUCAUAUUUUUGAUAACGUUUAUAGAGAGACCUCAAAACUAAUAACAGCAUUAUAAUAGCUAUACAAUCAAGGCAAUUCAAUAUUUUUCAGACUGAUACGUUGGAUAAUAACCAUGAUAGUCAAAGACAAGACAUUGCAUAACUUAUCCAUUAUAAUAUAACUUUUUUAUCAGUAACGGAAAUAAUUUAUCGACCUACGUUUAGCUUCUAUGAUUAAUUAAAUUAUUGAAAGUAAAAGUAAUAAAUAAUUAAAAUUAAAUUUAAAAGUCUUGAAUGAAGCACCAGACCACAUUUAUCAAGUAUAUCCACUAUCCAUCGCUGUUAAAAUAAUAGCCUCUAUAUAGACAUAGUUUUUGAUCUCUGUCAUAAUAUUGAUUUUAAGGUUUUAUUUAGUAGCCAAUAUUUAUUCAUGUAAAAUAUUUUAUAAUUACAAAAUAAUAACAAAAAAUUGAAUAUAACAAUUAAUAACCAUGUAUGAAAGAACUUUGUAUUAUUAAUAAUAUUAAGUCGCACGGUAGUGGCAACUGCCAAGAUCGUUGAUCACCGUUUUAAAAAUUAAUCAAUCUCAACUUCUCUACUUGCCGUUUGUAGCCGAAUUUCAUAUUUGACGAGAUUCAAACGUAUUAUAAGUAUAAGUAAUGUUUUAUUAGAUAUAACUAGUUCUAGGGUAGACUUAAAAAUAGUAUUCCUUAUAAUUUAUUACGAGUUCAAAUCUUUAUUGUGAUGGGAUAUGGCGUUUUCUUUUUUUUAGUAGUUCCUAUUUUAAUUUGCAAUGAAUCUUGUUUAUUUCCAUUACAAAACGCCGUGUUCCACUUUAGAGUUAUUCUGUACAUUAUUUAUUUAAAUCAUAAUCAGUUCGAUCUAAGUAUCACUUUAGAAUCAAUAAUGACUAUUGACAUUGAUUCUGAGGCCCCAUUGGAGCCAAUUCUCGUGCCUCGGAAGUCGUUCGAACGCAACCUGUCACACUCACGUUUGAGACACCAUAAUAUUGUGUACGCGUGAGUUUAAACUCUUUACGCUCGAAGCUCUACUCGAGUCAUAAGAAUAGGCCCCCUGAUGAACUAUUUUUUUAUUCAUGUCACCGCCAUCAUAAAAUAACCUAUUUUUAAUUCUAAUGUGAUACGAAUAUGUAAAUAUUUUUAUGUAUAUAGCACUGUUACAGCCAGCGAAAGAAUAACCUUACCUACUUAUAAUAGUAAUUCACAUUAUUAAUAAUUCACGUAUUACAAUAAUAUAAUUAUUAGUUAAUGUCACAUUUAUCUCGCUGACUGUACCAAAUUAUUUGGAUUGGUUGUCGCCAUGUACCUUCUGACUAAUAACCGCAUUUAACAAAGUUCAAAAUAAAAAUGGCUUUAAAUUA